GCGCAACAGGUCGGUCGUCAGGGCAGACGUCAUGGCGGCAUCGAUGGCAGUAUCAGCAGCAGCGUUUGUGAUGGCAGCGGCGGCACCCACAGGAGAGGCGUCAGCGCGCAACGCCCCUGCAGCAGCAGCAGGCAGGGCUACACUAGCCAGUUGUGAUGCGGCAGUCACGAGCCAGGCUGCCGCUGCAGCGGCAGCGGCGCUGCUGCCUCCGCCGCCCCAGCGGGCUCUGGCAUUUGGAGGGAUGGACACGGCACCUGCAGCGGCUUAA